AAGUGGCUAAGUGGGAGGUCGUGUUGCUUAUCUAUUUCACAUCGUUCCGCCAUUUUCUCAACCAAAAAGAGGGAAAAGAGACCCCAAAACUCUCUGGCGUCGUCGAUCUCGAAAACCAAUUCACUCAAAGGGAAGCCGGAUAAGUUGCGGAGAAGAGGAAGUUUAGUACAUCUGAAGCAUCCCGAUAAGAAGAGGUCCUGACUCUAGCGGCAUGCAGUCUCAACCAGAUGCCGACCGCAAGGCGCCGACAUCACCGGCGUUAGUGGCCGCCGCAAUGGCGCAUACGAUCCAACCCUCUUCUCCGCGCUUUUUCUUUUCGUCCGCCGCAGCGGCGAACCCAAAUAUUGGCUCUCACCGCCGGAUUGCAAUUGCUGUCGAUCUGAGUGAUGAGAGCGCAUACGCAGUGAGAUGGGCGGUGCAGAACUACCUUCGCCCUGGGGACGCAGUUAUUCUUCUCCAUGUACUCUCUACCUCUGUUCUUUAUGGCGCGGACUGGGGCUCGGUCGACCAUUUCACAUCAGAGGCCGCCGGUGCUUUGGAGGAUGCCGAAUCCAAGGUGCCGCAGAAGAACUUGGAAGAUGACUUCGAUGCCUUCACUAGCACCAAGGCGCAGGAACUGGCCCAGCCGCUCGUCAGGGCGCAUAUUCCUUUUAAGAUCCACAUCGUCAAGGACCAUGAUAUGAAGGAAAGGCUCUGCCUCGAGGUGGAGAGACUUGGGCUUAGUGCUGUGAUCAUGGGAAGCAGGGGAUUCGGAGCAUCGAGGAGGAGCAGCAAGGUUGGGCUCGGCAGCGUCAGCGAUUACUGCGUCCACCACUGCGCCUGUCCAGUGGUCGUGGUCCGUUACCCCGAUGAAACCGGAGAUGGCGCUGUGUCGGUUGGGAAUACUUCUCACUGUGGCGAUGCUGCUGCCGCUGCUGCCGAUAAGGAAGCGGAGCUGCAUCCGGUGCCGGAGAAGGAAUACCAUGAUGCUUCCGACGGACAAAAAGAUGCGUAAGCAUAGCAAGCAUUUACUUACGACUGGUCCUCUUGUCCAG